CAGACUUGCUCCGGCCUUUCCAGUCCGCGCCCAGCAACGUGCGGGCGGCCCCGCGCCCCAAUCUCAAACCCUUAGAGUCGUCCCCCUCCCCAGCCCCGCGGUGCCUUCACCGCCCGCCGCGCGCCACCCCCAUGCCCGCCGGUCGCCCGGGCCCCGCCGCCCAAUCUGUGCGGUGGCCGCCGCCGCUGCUGUCUUUACUGUGGUCGGCUCUGCUGCUCUGCGUCCUCGGGGUGCCCCGAGGCGGAUCCGGAGCCCACACAGCUGUGAUCAGCCCCCAGGACCCCACACUCCUCAUCGGUUCCUCCCUUCGAGCCACGUGCUCUGUGCACAGCGACACACCUGGGGCUACGGCCGAGGGUCUCUACUGGACCCUCAACGGGCGCCGCCUGCCUCCUGAGCUGUCCCACCUGAUUAACGCCUCUACCCUGGCCCUGGCCUUGGCCAACCUCAACGGGUCCAGGCAGCAGUCAGGGGACAACCUGGUGUGUCACGCCCGAGACGGCAGCAUUCUGGCUGGCUCCUGCCUCUAUGUCGGCUUGCCCCCUGAGAAACCCUUUAAUAUCAGCUGCUGGUCUCGGAAUAUGAAGGACCUCACAUGCCGUUGGACACCUGGUGCUCACGGGGAGACCUUCCUGCAUACCAACUACUCUCUCAAAUACAAGCUGAGGUGGUAUGGUCAGGACAACACCUGUGAGGAGUACCACACCAUGGGGCCACACUCCUGCCACAUCCCCAAAGACCUGGCCCUGUUCACCCCCUAUGAGAUCUGGGUUGAGGCCACCAACCGCCUAGGCUCGGCUCGCUCUGACGUGCUCACACUGGAUGUCUUGGACGUGGUAACCACGGACCCACCACCAGACGUGCACGUGAGCCGAGUUGGGGGCCUGGAGGACCAGCUGAGCGUGCGCUGGGUCUCACCACCGGCCCUCAAAGAUUUCCUUUUCCAAGCCAAGUACCAGAUCCGCUACCGUGUAGAGGACAGUGUGGACUGGAAGGUAGUAGAUGAUGUCAGCAACCAGACUUCCUGCCGCCUGGCAGGCCUGAAGCCUGGCACUGUCUACUUUGUCCAAGUGCGUUGCAAUCCCUUCGGGAUCUACGGAUCAAAAAAAGCUGGAAUCUGGAGUGAAUGGAGCCACCCCACUGCUGCCUCCACCCCUCGAAGUGAGUCCGUCCUCAUCCAGGUGGGAAGGCCUGAAGUUGAAGUAUGCUGUCCUAUAGACUUCCUGAGCCCAUAAUCCUGCAUUCCCUUUCAUGAAAACUGUUGUCUGGCCUUAGUUUCCCCAUCUGUCAGGUUUAGGAGCACAGCCUUGAGGCAAAUGGCCACCUUAGUAUUUUCAGGCAGCAGGGAAGUAGACUCCCAAGCCCCACCCAUCAUGUGACCCCCCCCCCAAGGGAGAGUAAAUUUUCUCCCUUUAGGAUACGGAGCCCUGGGUGCUCUCGCUCUCUCUCCUGUCUGUCUGUCGUCUGUCUGUCUCUCUCUCUCUCUCAAACAUGCACUUCAGUUGGUGACAAUGGAACGAUAGAGAAACUGAGGCCCAGAGUCCCAGAGGCAGGGAGGGUCAGAUCCAGGCUCCAGCCAGAUCCCCAGCCCCCAUCCGGGCCCCUCCAGGUUCUGAGCUGGGUGGGAGGGAGUGCAGCCGGGAGGGGCUGGAGCCUUGGCCCUUGCUCGUGCCCAGCACCUGCGAUUCUUGCACGGGAGCCAGGAGGCGGCUGUGUC